GCCACAUUUCGCACGUCUAUUCUUUUCUUUCACGUAUUUCACCAAGUUCACGCAUUUCCCUGUGAAAAAAAAUGCAUCUUUCUAUUUCUUGUCACCCGCUUAGGUUUAGCUUGUUCCAAUACCAAGGCGACUCCACAAAAUGGUAGCUACUACGGCACUUCUCCACAAACCCACCUUCAAACUUUCUCUCUCUUAUCCUUCUAACCUCCGUACCUUCAAACCCACUCUGCUUCUACGACUUCCAGCUUCAAGAUCUGUUUUCUUUGGUGCGUUUGGUUCCAAGAAAGGCGUGUCGAAGACCUCCAUGACUGAGCUGGUCAAAACUUCUGCUUUUAGGGAUGAUGAUGGUGAGAAAAAUGUCAGAAUGUUUCAACAAGAAGCUUUAGUAAAGGAACCCUCUAAGUUUUCUUCCGAAUUGACGGCUGAGGGAUUGGAACGCACUCUCAAUCGUUUGAGCAAGUGGUUUGUAUCUUUCUUGUUUGGUGCUGUCAUUCUUUGGAGGCAUGAUGCUGAGUCCAUGUGGAUUGCUAUGGGGUCUGUAUUAAAUGCUAUCCUUUCAGUAACACUCAAACGGAUAUUCAACCAAGAGAGACCUUUUCCAUCGGCAAAUUCUGAUCCCGGGAUGCCAUCUUCACAUGCACAAUCUAUCUUCUACACUGUUGUGUUUUGCAUUCUUUCAAUUACAGAAUGGUUUGGAGUAAAUGAAUUUACCUUGAUCAUAAAUGCACUCACCUUGGUAUUUGGCUCAUAUUUUUCAUGGCUACGGGUAUCACAACGAUAUCAUACAACCAGCCAAGUUGUGGUUGGUGCUGCUGUUGGGUCCCUAUUCUCAUUUUUGUGGUAUUGGUCAUGGCAAUCCAUUGUGCUGGAAGCAUUUGUUUCCUCCUUGACAGUUCGAAUAAUUGUCAUUCUGGCAGCUUCUACAUUCUGCCUAGGCUUUCUUUUAUAUGUGAUUCGCCAUUGGCUUAAGGAUGAAGAAUGAAAUUAUUUUAUGGAGAUAAAGGUAACUGCAAGCUGACUGAAUUCCUUUUUGGAAUUACAUUAUGGAAUCACAUUUGUUGUUUCUGAUUCAGUACAGUCAACAGGGUUUUGCCAUGAGGCUCAAUAGAAUCCUCUGUCAUGAGAUGCUGAAUACUUGGUGGUUGAUCAGAUUAGCUUUCUUCCUUUUUCCUUGCUUUGAGACUUAAAUUAUUUGGUGGUUGAUCAGAUUUGAUUUGAUUGCUAA